AUGGAAGGGGGGAACCGGGGGGAAAGGAAAGGGGGUAAAUGGCGGGAAGGGGAAGCAAGAAGGUUGGGAAGGGGAAGCAAGAAGGUUGGGAAGGGGGAGAAGGAGGGGAAGGGUGGGAAGGGAGGAAGCGCAGGAAAGGGGCGAAGCACAGCACCGCACAGCACCGCACCUGGGCACUGGUCACGUCGUGUUGCAUGCGUGAUGCUCCCUCCCCUUGCAGGUUCAUCCCCCUGUCUCACACAAGCACAGCACAGAGAGUGGGGUUCGAGAAGUCCCAACCCCUCGCAGGCUCACCAUUCCCAUCCCGCCCCAAGCAAUCAUUUCCCCCUCCUCGCAUACACUCACCCCCACCACCCCACGCACUGCACUCACCCCCACCCCCUCAUGCACUCACCCCCACCCCCUCAUGCACUCACCCCCAACCCCCCAUGCACUCACCCGCCCCCCCCUCCCCAUGCACUCACCCGCCCCCCCCUCCCCAUGCACUCACCCGCCCCCCCCUCCCCAUGCACUCACCCGCCCCCCCCUCCCCAUGCACUCACCCGCCCCCACCUCCCCAUGCACUUACCCGCCCCCCCCUCCCCAUGCACUAACCCGCCCCCCCUUCCCCAUGCACUCACCCGCCCCCCCCUCCCCAUGCACUCACCCGCCCCCCCCUCCCCAUGCACUCACCCGCCCCCCCCUCCCCAUGCACUCACCCGCCCCCCCCUCCCCAUGCACUCACCCGCCCCCCCCUCCCCAUGCACUCACCCGCCCCCCCCUCCCCAUGCACUCACCCGCCCCCCCCUCCCCAUGCACUCACCCGCCCCCCCCUCCCCAUGCACUCACCCGCCCCCCCCUCCCCAUGCACUCACCCGCCCCCCCCUCCCCAUGCACUCACCCGCCCCCCCCUCCCCAUGCACUCACCCGCCCCCCCCUCCCCAUGCAUUCACCCGCCCCCCCCUCCCCAUGCACUCACCCGCCCCCCCCUCCCCAUGCACUCACCCGCCCCCCCCUCCCCAUGCACUCACCCGCCCCCCCCUCCCCAUGCACUCACCCGCCCCCCCCUCCCCAUGCACUCACCCGCCCCCCCCUCCCCAUGCACUCACCCGCCCCCCCCUCCCCAUGCACUCACCCGCCCCCCCCUCCCCAUGCACUCACCCGCCCCCCCCUCCCCAUGCACUCACCCGCCCCCCCCUCCCCAUGCACUCACCCGCCCCCCCCUCCCCAUGCACUCACCCGCCCCCCCUUCCCCAUGCACUCACCCGCCCCCCCCUCCCCAUGCACUCACCCGCCCCCCCCUCCCCAUGCACUCACCCGCCCCCCCCUCCCCAUGCACUCACCCGCCCCCCCCUCCCCAUGCACUCACCCGCCCCCCCCUCCCCAUGCACUCACCCGCCCACCCCUCCCCAUGCACUCACCCGCCCCCCCCUCCCCAUGCACUCACCCGCCCCCCCCUCCCCAUGCACUCACCCGCCCCCCCCUCCCCAUGCACUCACCCGCCCCUCCCCUUCCCAUCCACUCACACGGGCCCCCCUUCCCGUGCACUCACGCCCAUCGCACAGUGUUCUUGCCCUUCUUCUCAAUCAACCCAAUGCCCAACCCCAUACACGUCCACUCUUUCCCAACCCCGGACCCCCAUCUUGCUGCGCCUUACUCAUCCCCAUGCGCUCAUCCCACCCACCCCCCCUUCCCCGUGCACUCACGCCCAUCGCACAAUGUUCUUGCCCUUCUUCUCAAUCAGUCCUUUACCCCCAUCUUACUACGCCUUCCUCAUCCCCCUGCACUCAUCCCACCCACCCCCCCUUCCCCAUGCGCUCACGCCCAUCGCACAAUGUUCUUGCCCUUCUUCUCAAUCAGUCCUUUACCCCCAUCUUACUACGCCUUCCUCAUCCCCCUGCACUCACCCCGCCCGCCCCACCCUCCCGUGCACUCACGCCCAUCGCACAAUGUUCUUGCCCUUCUUCUCAAUCAGUCCUUUACCCCCAUCUUACUACGCCUUCCUCAUCCCCCUGCACUCAUCCCACCCACCCCCCCUUCCCCAUGCGCUCACGCCCAUCGCACAAUGUUCUUGCCCUUCUUCUCAAUCAGUCCUUUACCCCCAUCUUACUACGCCUUCCUCAUCCCCCUGCACUCACCCCGCCCGCCCCACCCUCCCGUGCACUCACGCCCAUCGCACAAUGUUCUUGCCCUUCUUCUCAAUCAACCCGAUCCCCUCAAGCACGUUCGUGA